AGAGCCAGCUGAGCUUUUCCCCCGGGCACAGGCAGCAGCAGCAUGGAACGUUGGCAGAAUCGGGUCGCUGUCGUGACGGGCACCAGCUCGGGCAUUGGCUCGGCCAUUGCCUUGGAUCUGAUCGAAGCUGGCGUCAUUGUCGUGGGGCUGGCGCGUCGCGUAGAGCGGGUAAAGGACUUGCAGAGAUCACUGCCGGCCGCCCGACGCGACAGGCUGAUACCCAUGCACUGUGACGUGGGCAGCGAGAGUUCGGUGAAGGAGGCAUUCGAUGCGAUCGAAAGCCAGCUGGGCACCAUCGACAUAUUGGUGAACAAUGCGGGCACGCUACAAAAUGGCCGGCUAGUGGACAUGCCCAUUGCCCUCGCCCAGCAGACGGUGCAGACGAACAUCAUGGGCAUCAUCAAUUGCACGCAGCGCGCCUUCCGCUCGAUGCAGCAGCGCAACUUCGAUGGCCACAUCAUCCUGAUCAAUAGCAUUUUGGGCCACAAGCUGUUCGCUCCGCCCGCAGCUGGUGCGCCGGAAAUCAAUGUCUAUCCGCCCACCAAGCAUGCGGUCACCGCUCUGGCCGAAAUGUAUCGCCAGGAGCUGCUGGGCAUGGGCACACGUAUUAAGAUAACGAGCAUUAGUCCGGGCGUAACGGAUACGGAAAUUUUGCCGGAUUGCAUUCGUAAGGUGAGCAACAAAACAAUGCUAAACGCUAAGGAUAUUUCGUCGGCUGUGAUGUUCACACUUGCCACGCCUCCGCAUAUGCAGGUCCAUGAGAUGAUUAUCAAGCCAAUGGGGGAGAUUCUAUAAA